AUGUCGACAGAUCCAGACAUAGAAAAGAUCUUUGAACCACAACGGACGCUGGCGCCUCAAGCUGUUGGUUCGCAGGUUGUGUUGAUGAGUAUAGUCUCGAUCGUGACCGUACUGGCGUUCAACUUGCUUCGCCCCAAAAACAAGGUCAUCUAUGAACCCAAAGUCAAGUAUCAUGUCGGCGACAAACCUCCUCCUCGGAUUUCAGACUCACUUUGUGGCUGGUUACCUCCUCUCAUACGUACGAAAGAACCAGAGUUACUCGACAAAGUUGGCUUGGACGCCGUCACCUUCCUUCGUUUUAACCGACUCAUGCGUUGGCUUUUCACCGGAAUCAGCGUCCUUACCUGUGGCAUCUUAAUACCGAUCAAUGCUGUCUACACCCUACAGCACGUAAAACCCGAAAACAGAGAUAUCCUGAGCAUAUUGACCAUUCGAGACGUCGGCGGCAACCUUCUCUAUGCUCAUGUCGCCGUGACGUAUCUCAUUACUUUCCUCAUCAUGGGCAUCGUCUAUUUCUAUUGGAAAAAGAUGUUAGCACUUCGACUUGCGUGGUUCCGUUCCCCAGAGUAUAUACAGUCGUUCUAUGCACGUACUUUGGCCAUUACUGAGGUUCCGAGGAAGUUUCAGAGCGACGAAGGGCUUCGGCAGAUAUUUGGCUCGGUACAGGUGCCGUAUCCAACCACUAGCGUGCAUAUCGGGCGACGCGUCGGUAGACUCCCAGAGUUAAUCGAGUUUCACAACAACACUGUCCGAGAACUGGAGGAGUACCUUGUCAGGUACUUGAAAGGAGGAAGAGUCGCGAAGAAGAGACCCACCAUUCGUAUUGGCGGCUGCUGGGGCUGUGGAGGAACCAAACGAGAUGCUAUUGACUAUUACACAGAAAAACUCAAGCGAACAGAGGCUGCUAUUGAGGAAUACCGAAACCAAAUUGACACUCGCAAAGCAGAAAAAUACGGUUUCGCUAGCAUGGCCGCAGUUCCUUAUGCACAUAUAGUGGCGAGACUAUUGAAAGGCAAACAUCCGAAGGGCACAACUAUCACGCUCGCACCCAAUCCCAAGGACAUCAUCUGGGAAAAUAUGAGCAAGUCUAAUUCCGAGUUGAGGAGCAAACGUAUGAUCGGAUUCGUGUGGCUCGUUCUCGUUUGCUUCUUCAACACCCUACCCCUGUUCAUCAUAUCAAUCUUGGCCAAUUUGAACCAGAUCAAAGAUAUUCCACAGUUUUCCUUCCUAGCGGGAUGGUCUAAGGAUUCUCCGGGUACAUUCGCUUUUGUAUCCGGAGUCUUACCUCCAUCGGUGUCAGGUAUAUUUGGUUUCUUCUUGCCUAUUAUAAUGAGAUGGUUGAGUCAGUUCAUGGGGGCGACUACUCAAUCCAAGCUUGACCGACAAGUGGUCGCCCGAUACUUUGCUUUCUUAGUCAUCUCUCAACUAAUCAUCUUCACGUUGAUUGGCGUCCUUUUCCACGCUAUUAGUCAAAUCGUCCAUCAGGUCGGCAAACAGAGUUUCCAAGAAAUUAUCGACAACCUUCACAAUUUACCGGAAUUUAUCAACAACGCGUACAUCGACCAGUCAUCCUAUUGGCUGACCUUCUUCCCUCUGCGAGGUUUCCUCGUUGUGUUCGAUUUAGCUCAGAUCAUCAACUUGGUGUGGAUCUUCAUUAAAACACGGUACGCCUCGAACUCGAAGGAGUGGCAGUUUGUCAUUUUCAACUUUACGCAGUCUCUUUGGCCGCACACCUCGUGA